GGCUGUACACGCAACAUUCUUUGCCUGGAAAAAAAAUCUGGUAGAAAAAAAAGUUGUACCUUAUCUUUUGACAGUGACAUUGACAAGUUUCAAAAACCCAAACAAAGUUAGAGAAAGUGUUCGCAAAAUUGAAAAAAUGAGUGAUAAAAUUGGUUCUGAAACGCCUAGGAUAGAGAAAUCUGCGUGUAUAUUCUGCAAUAUAGCCAACAAAUUGGAAAACACCGAGAUUCUGUUUGAGGAUGACGAUGUAUGCGUUUUUCGCGAUAUCAAACCGGCUAGUGAUUAUCACGUAUUAAUUAUACCCAAGAGGCAUAUUGAGGAUGCAAAAAGCUUGACAUCAGCUGAUAAGGACUUGGUUGAGAAACUGUUGACGACUGCCAAAGAGCUUCUCUCCAAAAACAACUUGUCAAUAGAGGAUGCCAGAUUUGGUUACCACUGGCCUCCGUUCCGAAGUGUCAAGCAUCUACAUCUUCAUGCCAUAGCACCAGAGUCCAAAAUGGGUAUGAUUGGACGAAUGGUAUUCAAGAAGGAUUCAUACUGGUUUGUUUCGCCCGAGUACGUUGUGUCGAGACUGUGAUAGAAAGAGUAGAGGACUGAAGACAUUGUUAUUUGGAAUUAAUUAUUUAUAUAAAAUAUUAAUGUAAAAUAAAAUAUCUAGUGAUUAAUUUUAGACAGUAAAA